AUGGGAGCGAACGGAGGGGGCCCGACCGUCCCCGUGUGUCCCCGGCAGGAGGUGUGGACGUGUCCUCUGCUGCUGCUGCUGCUGCUGGGCCUGGCCGGGGGCGCGGACUCCUUCUACGUGCCCGGCGUGGCCCCCAUCAACUUCCACCAGAACGACCCCGUGGAAAUCAAGGCCGUGAAGCUGACCAGCUCCCGCACGCAGCUGCCGUACGAGUACUAUUCCCUGCCGUUCUGUCAGCCCAGCCAGAUCACCUACAAGGCCGAAAACCUGGGGGAGGUGCUCCGCGGGGACCGGAUCGUCAACACGCCGUUCGAGGUGCUGAUGAACAGCGAGAAGAAGUGCGAGGUCCUGUGCCCGCAGCCCGCCGGGCCCGCGCAGCCCGCCCGGCCCACCACCCUCAGCCGCGCCCAGAGCCGCCUGGUCGCCGAGCGAAUCCACGAGGAUUACUACGUCCACCUCAUCGCGGACAACCUCCCGGUGGCGACGCGGCUGGAGCUGUACUCGGCCCGGGGGCCCGGCGGGGCGGCGGGGGGCGGGGGGCCGCCGGACGCGGACCCCGCCCCGUCCCGCCGCAAGGACAAGGACGUCCAGUUCGAGCACGGCUACCGCCUCGGCUUCGUGGACGGCAACAAGUUCUACCUGCACAACCACCUGUCGUUCAUCCUGUACUACCACCGGGAGGAAGUGGAGGACAACCAGGAGCCCACCUACCGCGUCGUCCGCUUCGAGGUGGUCCCGCAGAGCAUCAGGCUGGACGAGCUGAAGGCGGACGAGAAGAAGUCGUGCAUCCUGCCCGACGCCGCCAACUCCGCCCCCCAGGAGAUCGAUCCCGCCAAGGAAAACCAGCUGCUCUUCACCUACUCCGUGCACUGGGAGGAAAGCGACAUCAAAUGGGCUUCGCGCUGGGACACGUACCUGACCAUGAGCGACGUCCAGAUCCACUGGUUUUCCAUAAUCAACUCGGUGGUGGUGGUCUUCUUCCUGUCCGGUAUCCUCAGCAUGAUCAUCAUCAGGACCCUCCGCAAAGACAUCGCCAACUACAACAAGGAGGAUGACAUCGAAGACACGAUGGAGGAGUCGGGCUGGAAACUGGUGCACGGAGACGUCUUCCGGCCGCCCCAGUACCCCAUGAUCCUCAGCUCCCUCCUGGGCUCCGGGAUCCAGCUCUUCUGCAUGAUCCUCAUCGUCAUCUUUGUGGCCAUGUUGGGGAUGCUGUCGCCCUCCAGCCGAGGGGCUCUGAUGACCACGGCCUGCUUUCUCUUCAUGUUCAUGGGAGUGUUCGGGGGCUUCUCGGCGGGGCGUCUCUACCGGACCCUGAAAGGCCACCGCUGGAAGAAAGGGGCGCUCUGCACGGCCACGCUCUACCCCGGAGUCGUCUUCGGCAUCUGCUUCGUCCUGAACUGUUUCAUCUGGGGGAAGCAUUCGUCCGGAGCCGUCCCCUUCCCCACCCUGGCGGCCCUGCUGUGCAUGUGGUUCGGCAUCUCGCUGCCCCUGGUCUUCCUCGGCUACUACUUCGGCUUCCGGAAGCAGCCCUACGACAACCCGGUCCGCACCAAUCAGAUCCCGCGCCAGAUCCCGGAGCAGAGGUGGUACAUGAACAGAUUCGUCGGGGUACUCAUGGCCGGGAUCCUGCCCUUCGGAGCCAUGUUCAUCGAGCUCUUCUUCAUCUUCAGCGCCAUCUGGGAGAACCAGUUCUACUACCUGUUCGGCUUCCUUUUCCUGGUGUUCCUCAUCCUGGUGGUGUCCUGCUCCCAGAUCAGCAUCGUCAUGGUCUACUUCCAGCUCUGUGCCGAGGAUUACCGCUGGUGGUGGAGGAUAUUCCUCGUCUCCGGGGGCUCGGCCUUCUACGUCCUGAUUUACGCCGUCUUCUACUUCGUCAAUAAGCUGGACAUCGUGGAGUUCGUCCCGUCCUUGCUGUACUUCGGCUACACGGCCCUGAUGGUCCUCUCCUUCUGGCUCCUCACGGGCACGGUGGGCUUCUACGCGGCCUACGUCUUCGUCCGCAAGAUCUACGGAGCCGUCAAGAUAGACUGAGGCGGGGGGGGGGGGGAGCGCGCUUCCCGAGCCGUCCCCGGCCCCCUCCCCGCUUUCCCCUCUCCGGCCGUACGGAUCUCUCCGGACGCGAAUCCCGCCUUUUAACUCUGCCCUCGCCUCCCGGUCGGGCGGGAGGGCCUGGGUCUGGGGGGAAGACGACGGUCCGGUUGCCCCCCGGCGGGGGCCGCUGCUCCGCCGGUUGACCGUCGACCCCUCCUCCGCGGCCGGGGACUCCGCCGGGCCUCACCCCCGCCCCCGGGCCGGGGGAGUCCGAGGCCUCCGCCCUCGCCCCUCCUUUCUCUCCCCCCGCCCUCCACCCCGAAACUGCCUUCGCUUGAGCGGGGAGCUGGCGAGGAAGCCCCGCCUCUGCCUCGGAGGCGGGUGGGAAAUGGGCAGGAGGGGACAGAGAUUCCCUCCCCAUCGCCACUCCCACACACACAGAUAGUCGGGGUGAUCGGUGCCUUUUGGGGGCGAGGAGGGGGGCGCCGGCAGAGCGAGGCCCACCGGGAGCCGACCGGGGUGGAGGCCGCGCUGGGCGUCUCUCGCAGGGUAGAGGCGGGGGAGCGGGGCCGCUUGCGCCCGGACCUUCCCUCCCUCCUCCGGAGUCCCCCCUUUCGCCCCCUCCCCCAA